AUGCCGCCGCGACUGCAGAUCCUACGGUCAGCCCUCGAAAGGGUCUCAUUGACUGCCUAUCAGCCGCUUGCGCCCUUCCUUUACCCUGCAAUUUGCCAGCAACGCGCCGCCUCUAUCCUCUCCUCUCUGUCCGACACCAAGGGGGCAUACAAUAAGCGCAUCCGCAGAGGUCGUGGGCCGUCAAGCGGCAAGGGAAAGACCUCUGGUCGAGGGCAUAAAGGGCAGAAGCAGCAUGGCAAAGUUCCGGCAGGCUUCAAUGGCGGGCAGACGGCAGAUGAGAUUGUUGCGGGAAAGAGAGGCUUUCACAACCCGUUCUCCGUGGAAAUGGCGCCAAUCAAUCUAAACCGCAUCCAGUAUUGGAUCAAUCAAGGCCGCCUCGAUCCUACCAAGCCCAUCACCCUGAAAGAACUGAACAGCAGCCGCGCUGUUCACGGCGUCAAGGAUGGGGUGAAACUGCUUGCGCGCGGCAAGGAAGAGCUCGUCACCCCCAUCAACAUAGUGGUCUCACGGGCAAGUGCAGAAGCCAUCAAGGCAGUAGAGAUGGCUGGCGGCUCGGUGACUACUCGUUACUACACUCCAUUUGCUGUUAAGAAGAUCACUGGCGGGGAGAUGGACCCUAUCAAUAGCCUGCAAAGCCGCGUAGCCGCCGCACCUCCCACGGAAGAGGGGGCAAAGGCGGUCGCAGAUGCGGUGGCGGAGGAGAGGAGACGCUUCAAGUAUCGACUCCCGGACCCGGUCAGGCGAAAGGAUCUGGAGUAUUAUCGUGAUUCGGCGCACAGAGGCUAUCUCAGCCAUCUGGUCGAGGCUGGGCAAGGGCCAAGUCUUUUCUUCAGAACGCCAGGGUCUACUGCGAGGAGCAAGAAGACUUCGGGGAGGGGGCCGAAGAGUACGAAUACCAGCGAGGGUCGGCUGUGGUAG